GUAGGCUCUCAGGGAACCAGGAUUCCUCUGGAUCCUGCUUUCCGGUCCCAGGCCUACAGGGAUUGAAUUUCCUCCCUGAUCCCGAGGCCGGGAGUCGGGUGGUAACCCACAAUGCGAUUUCUGGGGCGCUUGUUGGGGUCUCACAUCUGGAUGGCAGGGUCUUCUGGCCAAAUCUAUUGGCAGUUCAGUGCGGCACCGCCAGCUCUGCUCUCUUCUCUUCCCCACCCUCUCUACACGUGCUCCAUAGGCAGGAGCUGUUACUAUGGAAAUAUAGCACUUCUAAAAACAGACACAGCUCUGGGCUUGGGAAACGUCUCCGGAACAACCGCAUCCGAGCAAAGAAGUUAAGGGGGACGUCCCUGGGUCCCAGCUCCAAGACGAAGGGGAGUGGGGGCGGCGAGGGUGCUGGAGGGAAUUCAGUAUUCUACGCUCGGUUCUCUGCCAGGUUCGGGUUCUGCUCUCUCUCUGUGCACCUCUACCAGACACUUCCGUUCCGGAGGGAUGCCCUGUGCCGCCCCGCCCCGCCCCAGGACUGGGGGACUUAAAAGGGACCGAGCCUGGAGGUGUUAGAAGAGGCGUCGAUUUCCACGGGGGUCACCUCCUUGUCAACCUCACAGGCGUUUCACUUAGAGACCUAAGGGGGCGUCGGGUGAGUGAGGUCAUUCCCGCCGCCGUGAACUCGGGCGAGGGGGCGCAUCCCCCCAGUCCCGGGAUGGGGCGGAACGGUCAAAGACCCCGCCCGGUUUCAACCCCGGAACGUCGCCCGCUCGCGCGGCGCCUCCCGCCCCGCCCGGUGCGGGCGCGGCCCCUUUAAGGGCGGGUGGGGGCGGGGCGCCGGCGGUGUUGUCAGUGUCAGCUCUGCGCACGCAGCCCUCCCGGAGCCGGUGCCGGCCCGCGCGCCCCAGCGUCUCUGCAGCCCAGUCCCCGCCCGGCUCCGGCGGGCCCGCGCCGUGGGAGGAGCCGGGAGCCGGCCGGAGGCUCGCCGGGCUGCGACUGCUGGACGGAGCAGGGAGGGACCCCGGCCACGGAGGCAGAGACCCGGCGUCGCGAGCCCCGAGGACACCCCCUCCUCGAUCUGUGGCACCCGCCGGUCCCGGGCACUCGGCUCGCGAGAGCCCCGGGGGAGCCCGCCCCCGCCCCGCGGCCCUGCUGGGCCAUGCUCCCCCGGGGCAGCGGCCGAGCCUGAGCCGGGAGCCGGACCGAGCCCGUGCCGAGCAUGGAUCGCAGCUGGGGGCAGGGGGACGUGGGCUGGGCGGCCCUGCUGGUCCUCUUCGCCGCCUCGCUGCUCACCGUGUUCGGCUGGCUGCUGCAGUACGCUCGCGGCUUGUGGCUGGCGCGGGCCCGCGGGGGCCGGGGCGCGGGCCCCGCCUCAGCUGCGGAGCCAGCGGGCCCCCUGCGGGAGCUGGGCGUGUGGCGCUCGCUGCUGCGGCUGCGGGCGACUCGGACCGGCGCCGCCGAGGAGCCAGGCGUUCGGGGCCUCCUGGCGUCGCUCUUCGCCUUCAAGUCUUUCCGGGAGAACUGGCAGCGGGCGUGGGUGCGAGCGCUGAACCAGCAGGCCUGCAGGGACGGGAGCUCCAUCCAAAUUGCCUUUGAGGAAGUACCCCAACUCCCACCCAGAGCCAGCAUCAGUCAUGUGACCUGCAUAGACCAAUCAGAGCACACCAUGGUGCUGCAUUGCCAGCUCUCUGCCGAGGAGAUGCGGUUCCCAGUCUCUGUGACCCAGCAGUCCCCCGCUGCCGUCUCCAUGGAGACCUACCACGUCACUCUGACACUGCCACCAACACAGUUGGAAGUCAACCUGGAGGAGAUCCCUGGGGAAGGGCUGCUGGUGUCCUGGGCCUUCACUGACCGCCCAGAUCUCAGCCUCACGGUGCUUCCUAAGCUGCAGGCCAGAGAGAGAGGUGAGGAGGAAGUUGAGCUCUCCACAAUCGAGGAGCUGAUCAAGGACGCCAUAGUCAGCACCCAGCCAGCCAUGAUGGUCAACCUCAGGGCUUGCUCUGCCCCAGGAGGCCUGGUACCCAGUGAGAAGCCACCUACGAUGCCCCAGACCCAGCCAGUCAUUCCCAGACCUACGCGGUUAUUCCUACGGCAGCUUCGAGCUUCCCACCUGGGAAGUGAGCUGGGAGGCACCGAGGAACUGUGCUGUGUGGCUGAGCUCGACACUCCCAUGCAACAGAAGUGGACCAAGCCUGUGAGGGCUGGUCCGGAGGUGGAGUGGACAGAGGACCUGGCACUGGACCUGGGACCACAGAGCCGGGAGCUGACCCUCCGAGUGCUGAGGAGCGGCAGCCAUGGAGACACUGAGCUCCUGGGCCAGGCCACACUGCCUGUGGGCUCCCCGUCCAGACCACUGUCUCGGAGACAGGUGUGCCCACUCAUGCCAGGGCCAGGGAAAGCCCUGGGCCCAGCAGCCACCAUAGCAGCAGAGCUUCAGUAUGAGGAGGGCUCCCCCCGGAACCUGGGCACGCCCACCCCCUCCACUCCCCGUCCCAGCAUCACACCCACCAAGAAGAUAGAGCUGGACCGCACCAUCAUGCCUGACGGCACCAUCGUUACCACAGUCACCACCGUCCAGUCGCGGCCCCGCGGCGAUGGCAAAUUAGACUCCCCCUCCCGCUCCCCGUCCAAGGUGGAGGUGACCGAGAAGACGACGACCGUGCUGAGUGAGACCAGCGGCCCCAGCAAUACGUCUCACAGCAGCAGCCCAGGGGAGAGCCACCUUUCCAAUGGCUUGGACCCGGUAGCAGAGACAGCGAUUCGUCAGCUGACUGAGCCCAGUGGGCGGGCAGCCAAGAAGACACCCACCAAGCGCAGCACUCUCAUCAUCUCUGGUGUUUCCAAGGUGCCCAUUGCUCAGGACGAGUUGGCACUCUCCCUGGGCUAUGCGGCAUCCCUGGAAGCCUCCGUGCAGGAUGAUGCAGGGACCAGUGGCGGCCCCUCCUCGCCCCCCUCCGACCCACCAGCCAUGUCCCCAGGACCCCUCGAUGCCCUCUCCAGUCCCACAAGUGUCCAGGAAGCUGAUGAGACAACCCGCUCGGACAUUUCUGAGAGGCCGUCCGUGGAUGAUGUGGAGUCGGAAACAGGGUCCACUGGUGCCCUGGAGACGCGCAGCCUCAAGGAUCACAAAGUGAGUUUCCUGCGCAGUGGCACAAAGCUCAUCUUCCGCCGGAGACCCCGACAGAAGGAAGCUGGUCUGAGCCAAUCACACGAUGACCUCUCCAACACGACGGCCACGCCCAGUGUCCGGAAGAAGGCCGGCAGCUUUUCUCGCCGCCUUAUCAAGCGUUUUUCCUUCAAAUCCAAACCCAAAGCCAAUGGCAACCCCAGCCCCCAGCUCUGAGGGCCCUCCUCACCUCCUGCGCUAGGAGAGGGCGAGAGUUCUCUCAGCCCAUUUCCCACAUCCCCUUCCAUACCCCUUCCUGGAUUCCCAGUGCCAGGGGCCAGGAAGGCCCUCUGGGUUCCAGGAAGCCUUGUCCACCCUGGGCCGUGGGGCCAGCUGGAAGGGUCCCUGCAGCGGGAAGCACUUGAGAAGUGGGCAUCCCCUGCCAAGGACACAGAAGUGGGAGCUGGCAGCGGGGGGCAGCGGCAGACUCUGUCCUGGCACGUGCAGCAUCACUCAGUUGUGCUGGCCUCCUGCUGACUCUGGGCCCUAAGCAGAGUCCCAGGCCGCCCCCUCCUCCUCCCUUAUUUAUUCUUUUUUAUUUAUAUGUGUGGUCGAGGACCCUCAGUGAACAGGUGACAGAGGGCAUCUCCCAGGUGGCCCUUCUUUUCUGUCCCAAGAGGAUAGGCAAGUCCCUUCAGGAUGGGGCUCCCAUGCCUCCCUCAGGUCCCCACUCAGACCAGCACCAGUGUCUGCCUCUGAGGGCGUUGGCAGCUCACAGGAAGCCGGGCCGGUGCCCGGGAUGGGGGGCAGGUACUCCCCACCACCCUGCUCCCCUCUGCUCCUCGCCCCUCCCUCCCCUUUCUUACCGUUUUUGUACUUGAUGCCUUCUCCAUGAGCAAUGGCUCGGUUGGAAGGAGGGAGCCAGGAGCCUGGUGGGAAACCUUCCCCAGAGAGAUGGCCUGAGGGCUUUAUGUAAAGACUGAUGAUGGAGCGAGAGCAAGGUGCACCUCUGUGUGUCGGGAGACGAUGAAGUCCAUUGCUGUGUGAUGGGUUGGAGUUUAACUUAUUAAAUUAAAGUCAAAUUGGAGUUUAUAAACUGGA